UCUAAUUACCGUGUGAGAAACAACAGCGGGAAGAGCUACAAAAAAUAAGGAAGCAAGGAUUAUGGCAGGGAAAGUUCCGAACCGGAGUUCAUUGCGUGCCAGGACGGCAAAAACGGACAAGAAAAUCCCCAGGAAAACUGGAGGAAAAAACGGAAAACAAGUUAGCAAAAUGGGGGCGUGGAAUGUGCUGAACGAUGACGAAAUCGAGCUGGUGAGGAAAAAUAUGGCAGCAAACAACGCCCACCCACAAGGACCAAGGAGAGGACCAAGAGGGCCAAGAGGACGAAGGACGUGGCAAAUUACAGCGCUCCGGGAAAUGGCGAUACGGCGCCAGGACGACGAGGUGGCAAUAUUUACACGCUUUUGUUGCCCCGCCCGCGACGUCAGCACUUGGCUAAAAAGGCUAAAAAGCCGCCAGUGACCAGUUAAGUGGAGGCAAAGCCCAGUCAAGUCGCUGUUGCCAACCGACGCCGUCGAUUGUGGAUUGUCGAAUGGCCAUGACGACAGCAACAGCCACAAAUAAUGGGGCAUUAACGCCUGUAUCCUGAGUCCUGACGUUACAUUGCCACACGCAACUUCCAGGGAGUUUAAUUCAAUGCGAGGCAAAGUAAACGAACAAAUUAAGUAAAUAAUCCAGAAAUUAGCAGCACCAAUGUUUGCGGUUAUAAUCCACAAGCUGUCGGGAUAUCCUGUUCCUGUUUAUCCUGCUAAU